UCUCUGUCUUCGCUGCACAGUGAUUCUCCUCUCCUCCUUUACUGUUAGUGUUAAUACUCCUGCGACUCAUUCUCCUGCGAACUGAGAACUAUCCGGAAAUAAGGAGUGACCCGGGAGACCCAAAGGAACUGAAGACCAUUUCCUAUUUUUAGAUUUCCCCCAUCUUCCCUUUUCCUUUGUUUCUCUCUCUCUCUCUCUCCAACUCUUUGAUCCUGUGACAUUUCUCUGAACCAUGACCGAGCAGACCAAAGCAGCGGCCCCAUCGGCACCAGGGGCCCAAUCACGUCCUCACUACUCCAGGGACUUCUUCUGGUCCCCCCUGUGGAGCUGGUGGCAGCAGCCCACCCCCAGUAGCCUCCUUCCCAACCAGGACUUCGGCCUGCCACCUUUCCUGGAGGCCGGAGACCUCCGUGACCUGGCAGCCAGCUCCUGGUACGUUCCCUCUCUGCCCCUCUUGGUGCCCUCCUUUCCGGCCCCGGCAUCCUCCAUGCACCAGCCGGCCCCCAGGCUGAGCAGGGUAGAGUCUGCAGGGUUGAAGGGGCUGUCGGAGGUCCGGGUGGAGGGGCACAAGUGGAGGAUCACCCUGGAUGUCAGUCACUUCUCCCCUGCAGAGAUCACUCUCAGGACCCGCAGUGGCUUCCUGGAGAUCGGAGGGACACAUGAAGAGAGACCAGAUGAGCAUGGUUUUAUUGCUAGAUGCUUCACCAGGAGAUACAUGCUCCCAAUAGGUAUUGCUUCUAAGACCAUAAGAUCCUCUCUGUCUGGUGAUGGCAUUUUGACUGUAGAGGCUUCACUUCCUGACCCCAGCAUCCCUGACGACAUCAUCAUUCCCAUUCAGGUGGAGAAGGAGACCAUAAAAGAAGAGGGAGAGGAGGGUGGUGCCAAGCCAGAGGAGACUACCGUAGCUGACACAGACUCCCAGCCUUCUCCAUCUGUCCCUGCUGUGCCCCCUGUAUCCCUGGAGACCCCUGACUUCACCCCCACAGAGCCUGGCACAAUGCCCCCCACAGAGGCACCAGAGGAUGGGGACAAGUUAGCACGGGAGGUCCCUGGAGAAAAGGCUCACCCAGACGGCGCCACGGCUGGGACAAAGAGGCACGAGGAAAAGAGAGGAGGAGCAGAGGAGGGGGAGACACUGGUGAAGCCAGCUGGAGAGGGAAGAGAGGGAGAGGUGUUUCCAGAUCCCACAGAGCCCUUUGAGCACCUUGACACCCCUGACUCCCCAGACACAGUCACGUCCGACCACGGGGAACAGAAAACAGACCCAGCCCAAGACCAUGACCAAGAGCUCCAUCACCCGGAGGGCUCAGGAGAGGCAGCCGAGGACCUGGCCCAGCCUGAGGAGCCUGAGCCGGGCACGAGUCCAUCAGUGGAGGGGGCCCACCACUCCAAGGAGCUGGAAGUUCCAGAGCACCCUGAUAUGGAGCAACAGGCGUACACCAAGUAGACAGAGAGAGAGAUAGCGAGAGAGAGAGAAACAGAGAGAGAGAGAAACAGAGAGAAACA